GCCAUUAAUUAAACGCCCUUCUCCUCCCUCACAAUCCCUGCAUAAGUAGAAACGCGCGUUACCCAUUCGAUGAAAUUCCCCAGAGAGUUCCCUUCAGAAAUUUCCCAUUUAUUUUUCGGUCCCUUUUAAUCGUAUACUAGUUCUGAUCCGAUUUUACUCGACGUUCGCAUCGAGUCAAAUCGCAUUUAUAGUUUGUAAUUAUUUAAGUUUUGUUUUGGCUCAAGCAUAUUUUGCGAACAUAUAUUAACCAAUGGAUUCUUCUUCCUCCAACAACUAUUUUAGACUUGGAUUUCUUUUUGGCGUGUUAAGUUGUUUGUUGUUACGGAAUUGCUUUGCCGGUAAUUUGCCCGCCAAUUUUGUUUUUGGGGAUUCAUUGGUUGAUGUCGGAAACAAUAACUAUAUUGCGACUUUAUCGAAGGCUAAUUACCGACCAAAUGGUAUAGAUUUUCCGAGUCAUCAACCGACCGGCCGUUUCACGAAUGGGCGAACAAUUGUUGACAUACUAGGUCAAGAAUUAGGCUUGGGUGGAUUCUCUCCUCCUUACUUGGCGCCGGAUACGGUCGGAGAUGCGGUGUUGAAAGGUGUUAAUUAUGCGUCUGGGGGUGGGGGGAUUCUCAAUCAUACUGGGAAAGUUUUUGGCGGGCGCAUCAACUUGGAUGCACAGAUUGAUAACUUUGCGAACAAUCGGCAAGAUAUAAUCUCAAGCCUCGGGAUGUUGAAUGCUAUGAAUCUGUUAAGAAACGCUCUCUACUCAUUCACUAUAGGCUCUAACGACUUCAUCAACAAUUACCUUACUCCUGUAUUAUCUGUUCCCGAAAGAGCAGUAGUUUCCCCAGAAGCCUUUGUCGAGAGCAUGAUAUCAAAAUUUCGACAGCAGUUAACAAGGCUCUAUCUCCUGGAUGCGCGGAAAAUUGUCGUGGCAAAUGUCGGGCCCAUCGGCUGCAUUCCCUUCAUGAGAGACACGAAUCCGUCAGCGGGCAACAACUGCGUAGACCUCCCAAACCAAUUAGUGCAGUACUUCAACAAGCGGUUGAAGGAUCUGAUAAGCGAACUGAGCUCGAACCUCGAGGGAUCCCUUUUUUUGUAUGCCGACGUCUACCGCAUUGUAACGGAUAUCAUCGAGAACUACAGAGAUUAUGGUUUUGAUGCUGCAGAUUCUGCUUGCUGCUUCGUUGGGGGCCGAUUCGGAGGCCUAAUACCGUGUGGCCCGCCAUCGAAAGUUUGCCCCGAUAGGUCCAAGUACGUGUUUUGGGAUCCGUACCAUCCUAGUGAUGCGACUAACAUUCUCAUAGCUCGACGACUUCUCGAUGGUGAUUUAGCUGAUAUUUAUCCGAUAAAUGUGCGGCAGCUACUCAAUGCUUGAGAGUUAAUUCCUGCUCUCAAGAUCAGAUCAUGAGUAAAAUUCUUUAGAAAGCUGAUUACUUCAAUUCACUUAUAUUUCAUACAAGUGUGUCUUUUUGCAAAUGAGAUCUGCAGAAUUCAAUUACUUACAAUUAAGAUGUGUAUAUUUUCCUCCAUUUAUUGGAACCCUAGAUGUUUUUGAUGAUAGAGUAACAACAGUGUCCUAUUGAAAGUACAAUUGUGAGAUGUGCUUGUUACUGUAGAGAGAUCUAUUGCUUGAAAUUGGUACAAGUAAGCAACUAAAUUUUUUUGGAUUAACAUUAAAUA